UGCACUCCACGUGGACGACAAAAAUUAGAAUUAUAACUAAACAUUUAUUUAUUUAUUACUUUGUUUACUUUCUUGCUCAUUGGAGUGUGCAGUGUAGACAGUGCUACUCUAUAAAGAGCAAGCAUCAUGGCAGGCAAGAGAGAUGCAGAAAUGGAAGUGUUCUGGUCAUCCCUUACUCCCAGGAUAAAGUCACUGCUCUGGUUUGAAGAUCGUAGGUUGGUUAUAUCCAGCGAUGAGGUACCAGUGAUGUUGGCUCAGCAAGGCAGACUGGCUGCCAUAAAAACAGCUCCAAAGUUUUAUCUUUUCACCGACGCCUUUUGUGUACUGCAGGGCACGUCACUCACGGAGUACCCACUGAGUGUGACCUGGCUAGAACACAUGAUCCCUGCCGAGGGCAUGUUCCAUAGCAUUCAAAACAUGACAUCAUUCCGACUUCUAACCCCUGAGGCUACUGUAGAACUGAUAUGUAAAGAACUGGCUCACAAAUCCAAGUGGGUGUCCUCCAUUGCUGAUGCUAUUGGAAUAUCACUCAACUACACUCAGUUCAUCAGUGGAAGAGGUGAUCUGAGCUUGGACAGCAAGUUGGAACUACUCAAGACUCGUGAAUACGCAGAGUACAUAUAUCGAAGUCUGGCCGAGUACAAGGACGGAAGGUUCAAAGGUCAAUGGAGAACCGCCAAGCCACAUGGCAGUGGAGAGUUCUCCCAGGAGAGCACUGGUAUUCUCUAUAAGGGUAGCUUUAGAGAGGGCAGGUUCCAUGGUCAGGGGGAGCUCACGUGGUUCUCAGAGAGAGACAACCGAAAGAAGUACAUUGGAGAUUUCAGAGGAGGGCUGACGGACGGACAUGGAGAAAUGAAGUACUCUAAUAGCGACAUCUACUCGGGUCACUGGAGUCAAGGAGAGAGGUCAGGGUUCGGCAAGAUGGAACAAAUGUCACGCAAAAACUCCUUCUAUAUCGGCAGUUGGGAGAAUGACAAGAGGCAGGGUUAUGGAGUGUACGAAGACAAGAUGAAACACGAGCGCUACCUGGGCAUGUGGGCAGAUGAUAAUCAGAGUGGUCCCGGAGUGGUGGUCAACUCUAUCGGUACAUACUGCGAAGCUGUCUUUACAAAUGGAGUCAUCGCAAGUGGCCAUGAUGGCUUGUUGAUUGAUCCUGAUGGGAAAUCAUUCAUGGGAAGGUUGGGAUCUGAGCUCAAACUUUGUGGAAAGGGUGUGCUGACGCUGACCAAUGGGACGACAGUUGAUGGUGUAUUUGGUGGCAACUGGAAGGGGAGGAUUGAGAUAAUGAGAGCAGUUCUAGCGGACAAAGGAGAGGAGGGGAUUGACGGGGAAGCAUACGAUGAGUUACAGAUAGCCAAGCUUGAUGGCAGGAUAGGUAACAGUACAGUCUCGGCUAGUCGCAAGUGGGAGCCCCUGUUUAGAGAGUGUGAGACGGCCCUCGGGUUUACUGGUGAUGCUGCCAACGACGUGUACUCUGCUUGGAGCCGACUAGCCACCGAGUCGUUCAACCGUAAAAGAGGGGAGGACUCUCCCCCGCAAGUAUCCCCUCGUGGAAAACGGUCCAACUCCCUCACCGGAUUGCAGGGCAAAACAGUUAAAGUGCCGGUGGGUUUGAUACCUCUAGAGCGAGCGAGAGCACGAACUUUGAAACCUGGACUAACUGGAUUACAAGAUGCUGCGAAAUCAUUUGGUACGACUUCUACAUCGGGGAUUUUCCCCGUUUCCAAGGAGACUACAGUCGAGGAAGUACGCCCAUCAAUUAGUCGUCCAAUCAAUAUUGAGGAUUCUUCGCUGUGUUGUUCGUAUCCGUCUGGGCAUGCGUAUCGUUUGUCUCGUGUGCCGUAUGCCCCCCACGCCGAUAGUAGCGAAAGCCCCCCCAGUGAGGGGGGUCAAGAGGAACAGGGGAGCAGGAGUCAGGGGGUGACUAGACGGAGAUCUGAUAUGGAGGACACUAUUCGAGAAUCUUUUGAUCUGACAAACACCAUACGAUCUUAUGUGGAUAAGGCCUUCAACACCUCCAGUCACCCGCUGGGUAUACUCAUGACGAGGCUGGAGACAGUCUACCUGGAGUCGUACGGAGGUCUGGGGGCCAACAAGUACCUCCUCUCCCACGCCAUUGCCGAGACUCACUCAAUCAUUAAGAAGAUACACAGUAUCGUGAGGAUUCUAUUCCCAUUCAUGAGUGGAGGUGAUUCUAAUAUCUCAAACAUUGGACUGUGUCGAGUGGAGGGACGGACUGACCCUGACGAUUAUCUGGAUAUAGAAUCAGGCUACGGCAUUCUCCACCCGCUAGUGUUCAUACGUCUAUUCCCAACUCUAAUCAAUCUUUAUGUCCUCCAUCACGAGGAAGAGGACCUCCGCUAUCUGAGAGGACUCAAGUUCCUGCAAGAUAUGGACGUAGAUAGGCUGACUCGAUUCAUCAAGUUCCCCAGCCAUCUCUGUACUAAGCUGACUGGACAAAAAGCCGACAGUGACGCUCUCAAGAUUAUGGACGAAUCAUCCAACACACUUCGAGUGAUCAAUACUCUGUUCACUCCUGGUGAGUUUCUGGAGCAUUUCAAGAAGGCCUUUCAGCAACUAAACAGUAUUGAACUGUUGAGUGGAGACUUUCUGUUACCUGCCAUUGUGUUCAUUCUGACCAGAGCAAAUGUUCCAAAUUUAGGAAGCUAUUUGCACUUUUUGACUGACUUUGCCAACACAACAGCAGAAGAUGACUACACCCUCGUCACAUAUGAGGCUGCUUAUAACUUUAUUAAGACCAACGCUCCUGGAAGAUAGAAUGAUGUACUGUUAACAAUCAUCACUGUGUUUUAUAAAGUUGUUUAUUUGUGUAUGUGUGUGUGCAAUCAAUUUUACAUAAAUUAAUUAAUAAGCAUAUUGACAUCUUGACUUUCAAA